AUGUAAGAAUAGUAGAAUCCUCAUUCUAUAAAAAAGCAAUAAAAGGAAGAAAAGAUGAAAAAGUUGCUUAUGAAAAUGGCUUUAAACAUCCUACGCAAGUUUUUUAAUAGUAAAGGACUUCCCUAUCACCCUUUAAUAACUUGUGUAAGUAUAAAACCUGGGUGUCCCAACAGGUGUGCCUCUCUCUAGUCUUAUCCUAAUCAAUCCGUAUGGAAAUCUUUGAUAGAGUUGCCCAAAAACAUUCAAAAGGAGGUAGCAGACUUUUUAACAAAAGAGUUAUAAGAUAAAUAAUAAAAAUUCUCCUAAAAUUUCUUGGUAGAAGCUUGCAUAAGGAUUAAUAAUAGCUUUGACUUUUCCAGUUUCUACAAAGAGCCAACUCUUUCAAAUAAUUAAACAGAUCAGAUAGAAUAAGAUAUUUAAGGGGGGGAAGCCAAUGAGAACAUGGAUAAUGGAAUUAAGAUAAAAUAAAAGAAGUGGUCAAAAGGGCAAGACUUUGUAAGUGAAUCAAAAUAGAUUUCUACCUAAAUGAAAUUAUGUAAUCAACAUCCUCCUUUAGUCAAAGUAAAUUAAACUCACUAUCACAAAAUGAGGACUCUGCUCGAAAAGAUUAAGGAUUAGAAAUUUAAAUGGUCAAAAGAAAUGAAAGUCUUUGUGGAAGAACUUGAAAAGUUCAUUUAAAAUGAUCCAUCAAAUGAAUCUCUAAAACCAAAGAAAAAGAUAAAAAAGUCAAAUGAUAAAAAGGAGUGUUAAUAACAGGAGGACGACGAGUCUAUUUAAAGAUCUAAAACAAUCCUAAACGAUAUCAAAUAAGAAGAGAAUUCAGCAUAAGACUUUCUCGAAUAAUUCAAAUAACAAAUUAAAUAAAUAGAACCUGGGAUUGUUAUGUACCUUCCAGAAUACUCAAAGAUAAGUCCACAAUACUAUUCAUAUUGUAAGAAUCUAGAAGAUGAUUAUUUCAAGGAGCUUUACUACAUGGUCAGAGUUGAGGAAAUGGUUUUAAAUCCAUAAAAUAUAUUAAGAACAGUUAAAUAAUGUCCAUGGAAUCAUAAUUCUCUGUACCCAUUUAAAGUAGAACAUGAAGCUCAAAUGAAAUGAAUUGCUUAUAUAUGAUAAAUUAAGUUAUUUCUACAGAAAAUAUUUGAUAGGCUUUGCAAAAAAA